AUGGAGAUGAUCUGCAGAGUUUGGGCUCUAGGGUUGGUGUCUGUGCUUGUCUGUGGCCAAUCUCACAUCUCUAACCGGGUGGUCGGGGGUGAGAAUGCCAAGGAUGGAGAAUGGCCCUGGCAGAUCAGCCUCUUUUGGGGCGAUGGUCACCAAUGUGGGGGCAGCCUGCUCACCACGUCCUGGGUCCUCACUGCUGCCCACUGCGUAUUCCAAAAAGAGACCUCCAGUUUUUCUGUGAUUCUGGGAGCAAACAACUUGGAUCCUAUCAGCCCCGAUGGUGUCACCCACAAAGUGAAACAGAUCCUGGUGCACCCAAAGUACACGGGCAACGUGGCAGAAAGCAGCGAUAUUGCCCUGUUGGAACUCUCGGAACCGGUGAGCUUCACGGAGAAGAUUCGGCCCAUCUGCAUCGCCGACGCCUCCUCCCGGCCCGCCUCCGGCACGCCCUGCUGGGCGACUGGAACUCUACCACCUCCUGUGGUCCUCCAGAAAGUCCAAGUGCCUCUCAUCUAUCGUGAGGCCUGUGAUAAUCUCUACCAUCAGCCCUACCAGUCUUCUUCCACCCACCUCUCCCCACGGGGCGGCGAUGAGGUUCCUGAGGAUCCCAUCGUCUUGGAGGGCAUGAUCUGUGCCGGCUACCCGGAGGGCCAGAGGGACGUCUGCCAUGGUGACUCUGGUGGCCCUCUUUCCUGCCCAGUGAAUGGAGUCUGGGUGCUGACUGGUGUGCCAUCGGCCAUCAUGUUUGGCAGUGUCUGUGGGCAAUCUCCCAGCUCUAACCGGAUAGUCGGGGGUGAGGAUGCCAAGGAUGGAGAAUGGCCCUGGCAGAUCAGCCUCUUUUUGGACAACUCACACUACUGUGGAGGCAGCCUGCUCACCAACUCCUGGGUUCUCACUGCCUCCCACUGUGUAUUCGAAAUUGAGCCGUCACGUUUCUCCGUGGUCCUGGGAACAAACACCUUGGAUCCCAUCAGCUCCGAUGGGAUCACCCGCAAAGUGAAACAGAUCUUGGCACAUCCAGGCUACGCGGGUAACAUCGAAGACAGCAGUGAUGUUGCCCUUUUGGAACUCUCGGAACCAGUGUCCUUCACGGAGAAGAUUCGGCCCAUCUGCAUCGCCGACAACUCCUCCCGGCCUGCCUCCGGCACGCCCUGCUGGGUGACUGGUUGGGGAAAGCCAAAAUUGGGAGAACACCUGCCCCCUCCGGUAACUCUCCAGAAGGUCCAAGUGCCUCUCAUCUACCGUGAGGCCUGUGACAACUUCUACCACCAGUCUCAACCAGCGUCUACGGAACAGCCUUCUCCCACCAGCCCCUCACCACGGGAUGGUGAUGAGAUUCCUGAGGGCCCCAUCAUCUUGGAGGGCAUGAUCUGCGCCGGCUACCCAGAGGGUCAACGGGACUCCUGCAGUGGUGACUCUGGGGGCCCUCUUGCCUGCCCAGUGGAUGGAACCUGGGUCCUGACCGGCGUGGUUAGCUUUGGAGAAGGCUGCGCCCUCCCAAACCGCCCUGGAGUUUACGCUGACGUGGCCACUUACUCCUCCUGGAUCCUCGAGAAUACUAAGCUGGUCUGCCUGCCUCAGCCCCAGGCUGGUCCCCAACCUUCUUCCCUCCCCUCCCAGAGUUCAGAGGGCCAACAUCUGAGGCAGCAGGGAGAGAGCGGCCUGUGGUUCUGUGGCCAAUCUCCCAACUCGAACCGGAUAGUCGGCGGUGAGGAUGCCAAGGAUGGAGAAUGGCCCUGGCAGAUCAGCCUCUUCUUGGGUGACUCACACUACUGUGGCGGUAGCCUGCUGACCAAUUCCUGGGUUCUCACUGCUGCCCACCGCAUAUUUCAAAUUGAGCCGUCAGGUUUCUCUGAAGUCCUGGGAGCAAACAACUUGGAUCCCAUCAGCCCCGAUGGCAUCACCCGCAAUCUGAAGCAGAUCUUAGUGCACCCAGGCUACGCGGGUCACAUCGAAGACAGCAGCGACAUUGCUCUCUUGGAACUCUCAGAACCAGUGUCCUUCACGGAGAAGAUUCGGCCCAUCUGCAUCGCCGAUACAUCCUCCCGGCCCGCCUCUGGCACACCCUGCUGGGUGACCGGAUCUCAGCCCUGCUGGUCAGCGGACCUCCUAGACCCCAGCCCUGUCUCCUCUCACACCCUGCUCUCCUCUCAGGAACCAGAAAAUCUGCCACCUCCCCAGCUUCUCCAGAAGCUCGUAGUGCCGCUCAUCCAUCGCGAGGACUGUGACAAUCUCUACCAUCAAGCCGAUCAGCCUUCUCCCACCAGCCCCUCCCCACGGGGUGACAGUGAGCUUCCUGAGGGUCCCAUCAUCUUGGAGGGCAUGAUCUGUGCCGGCUAUACAGAUGGCAAGCGGGACAUGUGCAUUGUAAGAGACCACACCCCAGUGGAUGGACGCUGGGUGCUGACUGACGUGGUAAGCUGGAGGGUGGACUGCGGCUCCCCCAACCACCCUGGAGUUUAUGCUGACGUGGCCACUUACGCCUCCUGGAUCCUAGAGAAGGUUCCUCAAGGAAACAGAAACUAG